GGCCUUACGGUAAGCAUCUGUAGGGUAUGAGAUAUAUUUCUCAGUUUAAUAUCUUUGGUAUUGCUUCCCUUUUUAGUUACUCACAUUCUGUUUUUUCCAUUGAGAUGUUGAAGUUUUUCUAUAUUAUGACAUUCACAAUUAUUUUGCCUAAUUAUUGGGCUUAUUUUUUAACCAUGCUCAACAAGACUUGCAAAUUCAACCUCAGUUCUCAGACGGCACUCAGAUUAUAGUUUAAGAUAUGCUAGAACAGUUGCAUUUCUUGUGGAAAUUUUCUUUCCGGCUUAAUUGAAAAAAAAGCUGCAUGUUUUGGUCUGUGCUUACCGAAAUCAGUCUGAAAAUAAAUAGUUUAGGCUAAUCUCUCCUAUAUAGAUGCUCUUCUUCUUAAUCAGUAUCAUUUCUUCUCUGUCCUUCUAUAUUACAUUCUAUGCCUUAUCUUUCUAGAUAUUCUUAGUAAUCUUCACCUCAGUCCUCAAGUGUUAAUAAGCUAUCCUACAUCAUGAUUCAUGUGUGUGUUUAUUCCAUAAAGAAAUCUGAUUCAUAAUACACUGGUUUACCUUUUUGUUCAUCUUUAUCGGUGAGGAACAGGUGUCUCCAAAUUAAUGGGUAAUGACAUCAAUGUCAGAUACUAAAAUGGUAGUAAGACACCUAAAUUUGUUAUUAUUGGGAGGCAUUAAGAGGAUAAAAGGAUUAUAUUCUGAGAGCGCAGUGAAUUCUUCAAUAGUUCCUAAUGCUUGACAUGCAGAUUAUAAAAAUCAUGUUUUUGUUUUAUGUGAGUAGUUCCCUUCUUAACAUGGCUAGUUAUUCUUCUCAUUAGAGGCUUUGUUUAUGAGUACUGACUUUGUGAUUACCAUUGCUUGCCAAAUUCUCCUAAUCAUGGUAAUUCUUGUGUAGGAUGCUGAAAUUAUGAAGUAUGUGAGUGAAACAUAUCCAAAAGGCAUCUGUUCAGUUUACUGUACGAAGGGAAAGGAUGUGGAAGAACCAGGAUUCGACUUUGAACUUGUUGUGGUGAUUUCAGCUGCUAGGCAUAGUCCUCAGAAUUUCUGCAAUGGAAGCUGGCGAUCAAUAUGGAAUAUUGAAUUUAAGGAUGAAAUUCAAUCUGUAGAAGUGAGAGGCGAGAUGCAGGUUGGCGCCCAUUACUUUGAAGAGGGAAAUGUACAGCUAGAUGCAAAACACAAAUGUAAGGAUACAACGCUAAUUCAGUCCCCAGAUGAUUCUGCAAUUUCCUUGGUCAACAUUAUUCGCCACCAUGAGACCGAGUAUCUGGCUUCUCUUCAGACAUCUUACUUGAAAUUGCCUGAUACCACUUUCAAGGACUUGCGGAGGAAGCUUCCCGUUAGUCGUACAUUGUUCCCAUGGCACAACACUGCACAAUUUAGCCUUACAAGAGACAUUGAAAAAGAACUUGGAAUUGGGAAAUAGAAACAUUGCAUGUCUUUUAUACAAGUUGAACAUGUAUACACCAUUCUUGAUAUGACAAGCGAGUUUACUUGAGAUUGCCGUCUCCGGCUAUUUGUUGUCUUCACCCUAUUGUAUUCCUUUGAGAGAGGGAUUUUCAUUUUCAGUUAUUUUACCAUGUUUGCUAACGUGUGAACUGCCCCUUAGUUGUUAAUUUGCCAGUUGGCCU